AUGGAGGCCUCGGCCCCGGGCCGGGCGCGGCGGGGCUGGCGGCGUGUGGUCCUGGUGGUCUCCGCGCUGGUGCUCUGGGCGCCCCCGUCAGUUGGAUAUUUGGAUCGAUUACCAAGAAAUGCUAACUUGCCCCAAGAUUCAGUGAAAAUAGUGGGAUCACCAAAUAUUCCAGUGAAAGUAUAUGUUAUGCUCCAUCAAAAGAGUCCACAUGUGUUAUGUGUAACCCAGCGGCUGCGGAAUUCCGAACUGAUAGACCCAUCAUUCCAGUGGCAUGGGCCUAAAGGAAAAAUCAUUUCAGAAAACAGCACUGCACAAAUCACCUCCACAGGAAGCCUUGUAUUCCAGAACUUUGAGGAAAGCAUGAGUGGUGUUUACACAUGUUUUCUGGAGUAUAAACCUACUGUGGAAGAAGUCAUUAAAAAUCUCCAACUGAAAUAUGUUGUAUAUGCUUAUCGUGAGCCGCAUUAUUAUUACCAGUUCACAGCUCGAUAUCAUGCAGCUCCCUGUAACAGUAUCUAUAAUAUUUCUUUUGAGAAGAAACUUCUUCAGAUUUUAAGCAAACUUGUUCUUGACCUUUCAUGUGAAGUUUCCUUACUUAAGUCUGAAUGUCAUCGUAUUAAAAUGCAAAGGGCUGGUUUGCAAAAUGAAUUGUUUUUUACAUUUUCAGUUUCAUCUCUAGACACUGAAAAAGGACCCAAGCCAUGUGCAGACCAUAGUUGUGAAUCUUCCAAAAGACUAUCUAAGGCUAAAAAUCUCAUAGAGCGGUUUUUUAAUCAACAAGUGGAAGUUUUGGGCAGACGUGCAGAGCCAUUGCCUGAGAUAUACUAUAUUGAAGGUACCCUCCAAAUGGUUUGGAUUAAUCGCUGCUUUCCAGGGUAUGGAAUGAAUAUCCUGAAACACCCACGAUGUCCUGAGUGCUGUGCUUUAGGCCAUUACAAAUAAAGCUGCUGUGAACAUUCCUC